AUGGCUGCGAUAUAUCUGGAAGGGGUUUUGAAGAGGAUGGAGAAGUCAGAAGCAAUACUGAUGCAAGAAUCUGGAUCGUUACCCGGAGAAAUCCCCUGGGAUGUCCUCGAACAGAAUAUAGCAAUGAUGGAUUUCAGUUUCGACUACGAGAAAGGGCUGUCCAAGCAGGAAGCCAUGUUCCUGCGGCGCUGGGCCACAGAGAUCAACAGCAUAGUACAAUUUCCCGGCGAUUCUGCAGAAGAUAUCGGUCGCGAGGACGAGGUGCAGGCAGCCAAUAAGGUGAAUGAACAUUGCUUCAAGCUCUUGAAAGCAGUGCAGCAAUCUUUCCACCUGUUUUCAGCCGCACCGACUCAUGGCAUACACUCACCUGCGAGACAAACACCGACACGUAGCCAGGACGACCGUCGACAAUCAGAUGAUGCACCUCCGCCACUCGGCAUUUCUUUGCACAUCUGGUGUAAGGCAGACCGGGCAGCUCGUAAAUGCGUAGCACGCCAUUUGCGGCUUUCUGCCUGGGUCAGAACGAACAGGGGUACAACAGCGGUUUCAAUCCUUCAAGACACAGGGGCUACAUUCUCGAUCAUGUCGGAGGAGAAGGCCAAACAGUGCGAUGCAAAAUUCCAAACUCUUGACGAAGAACUGACACUCCGCACCGCCAAAGGCGACUUGGUCGUAAAUCGAAAAGCCUUGAUCAAAAUGAGAUUUCCUUGUCGUCCAGAAGGGGUAUGGAUAAUGUUCUAUAUUGCCCAUGAGCUCCCCAAUGAAGGCACUCAGGCUUAUCUCGGCGCACUCGAGUGCUGGAUACUUGGGCACUUGUUCAGUGAAUGUAAGAAGUGCGAAGGAGCACGACCUGGAAAGGUAAAGAACAAUCACGUCUCAUCUUCAAAGCCAGCGCAGGGUAAUGCGCCUCAAUCUCGUUAG